CCCCGCCAGAACUGAGUUCGUCCAGAUACCAGAUACUAAACCUGUCCUUCCACCAAUGUAUGUACCUACAUUAUACCUACAUUAGGUAUGUACCUCCUAAGUUACAUCUAUUACCUAACUGCAUUCUUCCAAGUUUCCAACUCUUUGAACCCAGGACCUGACGGUUACGCUCAACUAUACAUGUAUCAUCUCCCUUCCGAGUCUAUACCUACAUAUGUCCCAUCUAUUGUUUACAGUACUCUUUACAAAGUAUCUCAUUUGCCGGAACGCAUCGCACUUAAGCAUACGGGAAUAUACAGUUCAGGGUCACAACCAAAGACGGUAGAUUACCUAGUUAUCGUGCAGCUCGCAUCUCAUCUGUGUACCGCAGUUCAAUCCCGUCCUUCGGCUGCCUUAUUAUUGUCACCUACCUUAGGUAUUGUACCUACAUAGCAAAAGCCAGCCUAGUCCAGCCUCGAUCACCGGCCAAACCAGCCUUUUUAAGUAGCCUACCUACCGUGUUGCAGAUUUCCAUCUAGAGCUCCAGUCUCUUACAAAGCUACAUAAGGUAGUACACAAGGUACAUCCAUACAUACCUAAUGUACCCUACGUACA